AUGUCCUCCGUGCUGUACCUGGACGAUUAUCUCGAUACCUCCGAGUCUCUGGCCACCGAGCUGAGCCGCCGGUUUACAGAGUUGCACGAGAACUUUGCUCGAUCUGUUGCGCCAACAGGACAUCUGCGAAAUGAUUUCAACGCCCUACUGUCUUGUCUGCAAACCGGUACCUCCGAUCAGUGUGCUGAAUCGGCAAAGCAGAUCGCCGAGCGACUCGAGGCGCUGCUGGAGCUCACGAACGAAAACGUCCGGAUCGCGAUCGACAUUGACGAAGUGACAAAUGCCCAUGGAGGCCGCAUGGCAGACGACUGUCUGAAGUUCAAGAACGAUUCCGCCUUCCGGCGUCCUAUCGGGCCUUCCAAGUACUCAGAGUCGCGGAUAAUCUUCCGAUCGGCGAGCCUCAAGCGAAGAGUGGAGGCCACUCUCAAGGUGCAGAGAGCCGUCGAUAUCAAGAAGGACAUUGCAACCCCGCCUCUUGUCGACAGCUCCAAAGUGACCUCCCAGUACAAUGGCAACCGCAACGCAGCUGCCCCGGCACCAAAGCCGGCCCAGUCCGUCAAGCCCCACGGGCCUGUAAAGGGCAAGGAUGCCAAGGUUGCUGAACGGCCUCAAGUGAACGAGUCUGAGCGACCGCCAGCGGGCGAGGCUGUCGAGGACGAAAACAGGUACUGCAUCUGCGGCGAAGUCAGCUACGGUCGAAUGAUAGGCGUGAGUAUUGUGCAUUUGAUACCCUCCGAAAUCCAGGCCGUUGUCACCAUCGUCUCGCAGCUGGCUGAUACAGAGCAACACCAAGGCUUUGCACAUUGCCCGAUCGAGUGGUUUCAUAUCGGAUGCAUUCCGGAUGUUGAUUUUGAAAACGCCAUGCCUGAGAAAUGGUUUUGCCCGCAAUGCCAAGAAGCGAUGGACAAGAAGAAGAAAAAGUAA